UGUUUAAAGAUCUCACAGAAUAUGCUCGCAAAUUUAAAAGAGAGGCAUCAAUCCACUUAGAAAUGAAGUUCCCAGCCUCAUAUCCUAUGGAACCUCCCUUCAUUCGUGUUCUCAGACCAAAGUUUAAGUUCUUAACAGGCCAUGUGACCAUAGGUGGCAGUAUAUGUAUGGAACUACUUACAAGAUCUGGAUGGAUGCCAACUAAUGAUAUAGAAGGAAUCUUAGUACAGGUGCGUUCUGAAAUAAUGAGUGACGCUAACACAAGACUUGAGUUAUCCAAUGAUAAAUGUUAUGAUGAAACUGAGGCUAGAUCAUCAUUUGAGAGAUUGGUGCAAAAAUAUGGUUGGAAUGAACCUGAAUCUGGGAAAUCAAAGGGAAAGAAAUCUUGAUGAGAUGACGUGUUGUGUACCCUACAGAAUAGCUCGAUGUCUCAACGUUCUUUAUAUUAGUGAUACAAAAUAUAUAGAUGUAAUUCUUUGAUCUAGAUAUAGUCAGUGGUAAAAUGUAGUCUGCAGUUUAAGAUGCUUCAUUCAUUGCCAAUGUGUACUACAGGUAGCAUCCAUUUGACCUUCAACUCAAUGAAAUACCAUGAAAGCUGCAUUUGAGAUCAUAAAGAUGUUAUUACCAUAAAACCGUAAAUUGUUACAGUCAGGGUGUACUGAGGAAUAGAUGGAGUC